AUGAGGAAUAUUAAAGAAGUACGAUUCCCGAAGCCAAUGAGAUUCGAUCCCAGCCAGAGGGAUCCUAAUUCGUGGUGCGAAUAUCACGGGACGAAUGGUCACCAUAAUGGGAACUACCGGUAUCCGCGUGAAGAAGUGGCGACACUGCUAAAAAAUGGCCAUCUCACGAAAUUCUUAAGUGACUGGGCUAAAAAUAAUUAUGGUCACAAUCGUGUCAACGCAGAGCCCUCAAAAAUAGGAGAAGAUCCCCCGCGUCGAACGAUCAACAUGAUUUUCGGGGGGAACAAGAUUAACGGGGUUACUUUCUCAGCAGUAAAAAAGACGAAGAUAUUAGUAACCCAUACCAAGAGACUUUGGGGAGUCGCUGAAGACGACAUCACUUUCACGGAGGAGGACAUAGAUGGAUUGUUUCUACCGCACAAUGAUGCAUUGGUAAUCUCUCUAAAUGUAUUUGAUUUUAAAAUUAAACAUGUUCUGGUGUCUCCUGGGAGUUCGGCCAAUAUUAUACAAUGGAGAGUGUUGGAGCAAACCAAAUUCACCGGAAGCAUCAUUCCGGCCAUAAAACUCCUCGCCGAGUUUAACCUGGCAAGAGUAACAACACGAGGAGAGAUCCUGUUGCCCAUGAAUGCCGAAUGGGGUGAUGAAGAUGACCCUUUUCGAGGUGGUGGUUGGUGA